UCAGACGUACAACAAUGCGGUCAGACUCUACGACUGUACUCAAUUGGAUCCAAUCGGACUCGUCUCAGUAUAAGGUGUUUGUUGGGACGCGCAUAGGUGAAAUACAGGAGCUCACAGAUGCUACUAGCUGGAGGUACGUCCCUUCUGAGCAGAACCCGGCGGAUGACAUCCCACGGGGAAAGUCACUACAUCAGCUGAGUCAACCUACCCGCUGGAAGAAUGGACCUAAUUUCCUGUAUGAUCAUCCUGCUCAGUGGCCAGCUAUCCACACGGCAAAAUCAGAAGACGCAGGUGAGCUCAGGAAAGUCACAUUUUGUGGCCAGCUCACUACCUUUGACGCAUCCACUCCUGACCCCACACAGUACAACACCUGGUCUGACCUGCUACAGGCUACUCACCAGUCCCUUCAUGGGGCGGCCGCACCCCUCAUGUCUGCUUCAGACCGACUGGAGACUGAGGUAGUCCUUCUCAGGCAAGCACAGAGCGAGAGCUUCCCAGAGGAAAUCAACGCUCUCCAACAUUCUCACCCUGUCCGGCCUACCAGUCGUCUCAGUCCACUUUCACCAGAGUACGACCGGACCCUGGGCCUUAUCCGAGUUGGAGGUCGUCUCCGUAAAGCUGAGGAUCUACCUGAGGACACUGUUCAUCCGAUUGUUCUUGCGCCUGAUCACCACAUUACACAGCUGUUAGUGCAAGAUUAUGAUGCUCGUUUACUCCAUGCAGGCCCGGAGCAAAUCUUCGCAGAGAUGAGAAGGACAUAUUGGAUCCUCAGAGGUCGCCAGGCCAUUAAGAAACACCAGCGGCAGUGUGUGGAGUGUCGCAAGUGGAGCAGUAAGCCGGUGAUCCCUAAAAUGGCAGACCUCCCAACUGCUCGACUCCGACUUACCAAGCCCCCUUUCUGGUCAACCGGUGUUGACUGUUUUGGUCCAUACAUGGUCAAGAUAGGAAGGCGACAGGAGAAACGUUGGGGCAUCGUGUUCAAGUGUCUCACUACCCGGUGUGUUCACCUUGACUUACUGCCUAGUAUGGACACCGACUCAUUUCUCUUGUCUCUCCGCCGUUUCGUUGCACGAAGAGGGAAACCCUUUGAGAUCCUAUGUGACAGAGGGACCAACUUCCGUGGUGGGGACAAAGAACUUCAGGAGGCGUUUGAGGCACUCGAACCAUCGCUCAGGCAAAGGUUAGCAACACAGUGCAUCACCUUCAGAUUUAACCCGCCUUUGGCGCCACAUUUUGGUGGAACAUGGGAGAGGGAAAUUAAAUCCGUAAAGGCAUCUCUUCAAACCAUCCUGAAAGACCAAGUCAUCCCUGAGGAGGUCAUGUCAACCGUCCUGAUUGAAAUUGAGGGAAUACUCAAUUCCAAGCCGUUAGGCUAUGCUUCAUCGGAUCUUGCGGAUCCUGAUCCUGUGACUCCUAAUCUCCUGUUCAUGGGGCGGCGGGAUGCUUCGCUGCCUCAAGCUGUGUAUGGCUCCAGUGAUCUACUAGGACGCCGUCGCUGGCGACACAGCCAGAUACUUGCUGACCACUUCUGGGGUCAAUUCACCCGCAAGUAUCUUCCCCGGUCUUCAACUACGUCAGAAAUGGCGGAAUUCCACAACAUCUCUGCCUGUGGGUGCUGUCGUUAUAGUGGUCGAUCCCCAACUCCCGAGGGCGUUAUGGCCUGUUGGACGUAUCACCCGGAUCAUCCCCAGCGACGAUGGCAAGUUACGCACCGCAGAGAUCGACAUUAAGGGAAAACUCUAUACACGCUCUGUCGCCAAACUAAUAGAGCUACCAAGGAUGCCCGACGACGGAGAUACCAGCAUUCCUUAGCCCAGCAGUGACCUUCCCGUUACUGCGCAUUCAUCCCAUGAAUCCGGGGGUGGCUGUAGAAAACUCCCUGCUGGACUGACGAGCUGACGUCACGCCUUGGACUCACGUAUUUGCGCGCAUGCGCAGUUUCAUAGUUCUUUUCAUAGU